UGGGUGCGUAAGUGAGUGAGUGUGGCUCUGUGCGGGGAGACCACUCGAGAGAACGACGCGUCGGACGGGGGUACUCCGGUGCUCUCAGAACCGUCUUGAAGUCAUUGCAGUUUCGCUUGCACAGAACGCAGCACACCGCGCUUAGUGGUUUUUCGAAAACGGUUGACACAACCAACCAACCCGCCCAAAGUCGCGAGGGUCGCUCAGUAAAAAUAGCCCACCCAACGCACCCAACCUGUUCCCCGCCCCGCCCCCCGAAUCAACAGCAACAGCGGUCACAAAAUCCCGGGCUAAUAACUGCAAAACUCACCACACGAAUUCGCGUUUUCGGCAUUUUCACAGCAGUGUGUGUGUGUGUGUGUCUGAGCGUUCGUGUGAGUGUGCGAGUGUGUGUGCGCGCGCGCGCGCCUGUCUGUGUGUGUGUGCCGGAUCCUUUUGGCGUGCGUAGUGUGGGUCGAUCCACCAGCGGCGCCCCCUGUAGGGUUCGCCGCCUGCUCUCGGAUUGCUGCUAUACGUGCGCGCGCUCGCGUGGGGCUACCCAACCAGUGGUGUCCAGGGGCAGUGCCUAAAGCAGCAGCCGCCAAGACAGCCGACACACCUUCCCCCACCCCCUACACCCGCUCAUCCAUCAACCUGAUGCUGCCGCCGUACCGUGCGUGCGUGCGUGCGCCUGUCAUCCGCCUGUCAAUGGCCGCAAACAAUUCGCGGUCGACGACCACCUGGUGAGCUGCGCGCGUGCAGAAAAAGGGAGUGGUGCAGCUGCGGCGCCGUUCGUUGUCGGGAAGCGGCACGGAAAAUCACGAAUGUGCUAACAAAACAAAGCGAAACAGGAAGAAAACCCCAGCGUUCAGUGUGAUUCAGAUUCGGAAGUGGAAAUAAAACCGACCCACCAGCAACUAGCAGCCCCCAUUCUCGAGGCCAAUUGUGGUGCGCGAACGUGGCAAUAGGUGUGCUAGCAGAGCGACGCCAGUUUGACAGCUAUACAGUAUCAUGUUUGGCAAGGUGCUACAGCAGCAGGAACGCUCAGCAUCCAAGACCGGACAACUCACGAUUCAGCAAUCGUACUCAUCACGCCGCAGCGCGCGACUCAUGUGUCAGUGAGGAGUCACCGUCAGAACAGCGCCACACGAACCAAUCAAUCAACAGAUCAGAAUCAAACUAGCGCGAAUUCAAGCGACCCACCCCACAAGCGCCGCGUGACGAAGGAAGAGAGGAAAGCAAUAGAGCAAACAAAGGGGUAGGAGUUAAGGGUACGAGUGAGGCUAGAUUUGUUAAGGUUGCCCGAAGGCAACAAUAACAGGUGCUACGGUGUGCGGGUGAAGUCCUACACGUUCACGCAGGUCAACAUUCUGUGCUCUGGACGGUGUUAGAGAUACCGAGAUAUCCCAGUAAGCGGGUGUUACGUACGGAAGCGGAACUCUGCUUGCUGCGUAGUGUGUCGUCCAUUUGCCGAGGAAUUACCCAACUGGGCUAUUUCGCUUCCCAUCCGCUACAGUGCGGUGGUACAGUGCGUGUUUGUUUGUAUGUGUACGAGAUAAAAAGGGAAAGGGAGAGAAAGAAAGAGAUAGAAAGAGAGAAAAAGGAAAGAGAGAGAGAGAGAAAGAGAGAGAGAGAAAGCGAGAAGAUAACGAGUAACGAGAGUAAAACAGUGAGUGAGAACAAUCGAUCGUACGGUUGAUUUCGUCCAAUCCGCACCACCACCCGUCCCCCCCACCAUCACCUACAACCCAGUGACCAACAUGGCGGCCCAGCCAGCGUGCACACGCUUCUCCGACAACUACGAGCUGAAGGAGGAGCUCGGCAAGGGCGCCUUCUCGAUCGUGAAGCGGUGCGUGCAGAAGUCGACCGGGUUCGAGUUUGCGGCGAAGAUCAUCAACACGAAGAAGCUGACGUCGCGCGACUUCCAGAAGCUCGAGCGGGAGGCCCGGAUAUGCAGAAAGCUACAGCAUCCGAACAUCGUACGCUUGCACGACAGCAUCCAGGAGGAGAACUUCCACUACCUAGUGUUCGAUCUCGUGACCGGGGGCGAGCUGUUCGAGGACAUCGUCGCGCGCGAGUUCUACUCGGAGGCGGACGCGUCCCACUGCAUACAGCAGAUCCUAGAGUCAGUGAACCACUGCCAUCAGAACGGUGUCGUCCAUCGGGACCUGAAGCCGGAGAACCUGUUGCUGGCGAGCAAGGCGAAGGGUGCGGCAGUGAAGCUGGCCGACUUCGGGCUGGCGAUCGAGGUGCAGGGCGACCAGCAGGCGUGGUUCGGGUUCGCCGGCACGCCCGGCUACCUCUCGCCGGAGGUGCUGAAAAAGGAGCCGUACGGGAAGGCGGUCGACAUCUGGGCGUGUGGCGUCAUCCUGUACAUCCUGCUCGUCGGCUACCCGCCGUUCUGGGACGAGGAUCAGCACCGGCUAUACGUGCAGAUUAAGGCGGGCACGUACGACUACCCGUCGCCGGAAUGGGACACGGUGACGCCCGAGGCGAAAAGCCUGAUCAACCAGAUGUUAACAGUGAACCCGUACAAGCGCAUCUCGGCCGCCGAUGCCCUGAAGCACCCGUGGAUCUGCCAGCGCGAGCGCGUCGCCUCGGUCGUCCACCGACAGGAGACGGUCGACUGCUUGAAGAAGUUCAACGCACGCCGCAAGCUGAAGGGUGCGAUCCUCACCACCAUGCUGGCGACCCGCAACUUCUCCAGCAAGAGCAUGAUCGCAAAGAAGGGCGACGGCUCGCAGGUGAAGGAGUCGACCGACUCCUCCAGCACCACGGUCGAGGACGAUGACUGUAAGGCGCGCCGGCAGGAGAUCAUCAAGAUUACCGAACAGCUGAUCGAAGCAAUAAACAACGGCGACUACGAGACGUACACGAAGAUCUGCGACCCGCACCUGACCUCGUUCGAGCCGGAAGCGCUCGGCAACCUGAUCGAGGGCAUGGACUUCCACAAGUUCAACUUCGAGAACGUGCUCGGCAAGAGCAACAAGGCGAUCAACACCACCAUCCUGAAUCCGCACGUGCACAUCUUCGGCGAGGACACCGCCUGCAUCGCGUACGUCCGGCUGACGCAGUACAUCGACAAGCAGGGCCACCCGCACACGGUCCAGACGGAGGAGACGAGGGUGUGGCAUAAAAAGGACAACAAGUGGCAGAACGUCCACUUUCACGGUAGCCGCAACGGCAGCUUUAGCAACACCGCGACGCAAUACGACUUUGUCAACCACAAGUAGAUCGGCCAUCCUCGGUGGUAGUUCGAGACGGUGGUACUCUGCGGCAAAGGGGGGGGUGUGGUACGGCAGCGGCAGCGUACAGCAGCUACUGCAACCAUUACUAUUACUACUACUACUACUACUACUGAUACUACUGCUACUACUACUGCUAGUACUAUUACUUACAACUACUGCAAACCAAACACUUUUUCGCUUGUAAGAUUGAAGCAAUCCACGACGACGACGCCGACGAAGCAAGGGGAAAGCGAGGGGAAGGGCGAGGGAGAGGGGGGGGAAUGGAGAGGAAUCACAACAAAUGUCAUGGAGCGGGGAAGCAGGGAAAGGGAACGAAAACGGAAGGCGAAGGCGAACCAAAUCACGCGAGUUGGUAGUAUAUCACCACGGUGAACAAUGAAGUAAUCAGAUGAAAUCGCAAAAUCGUAUAUUUAUUGAGGAACUUCAAAUUUUCUGCCUCAUACCUUUUCUCUUUUUGAUGCACCAAAAAACAACAAACACACGUGAAAACAAAAAAUGAUGGCAAGGCAAACACAAAAAAAAAAACAAAUAAACAAGUUAAAAAUGCUCCAAAAAAACAAAAAAAAAACAACAAAGAAACAAACACAUAAACACCAUCACACACGCAUACGCAAUCCUUUUUCCAUUUGCACUUUGCUCUUCUUAAAUACAUUUUCCCUCCAACGACCAAUGCAACUCCUUUCGCUCCUACGCCCCAUCUCUACCCCCCCCCCCCCCCACCCCCACCCCCAUCUCUACUACACUCAUCUCGCUUGCUUCCAUCGUCCUGUUGCACCCUUUGAACAUUUAAAAAGCAUACAAACACACACACACACACACAUACACACGUACGCACAUUUACAUUCUUCUUAAGGUUAAGGAUGGGCAACCUAAUGGAGCCGCGCGCCAAAUUUGCAAUUGAACUGUAUUUCGCGAUCACACGAUUAUCGCUAAAGAGCUUGGGGGGAGUGGCCGAAGGAGAAUGCUGGGCUAGUUGGUUUGCUAACCUGGAGGAUGUUCCGAUGCAACACGGUUUUUGGAAAGUAUGGCCAUUGAUUGUUGUUUCUUUGACUGAAUGUUUAAACGAUGCUUGCCAAACAUAAACACGAAACUAUCUUGCCAUUCAACUAAAGAAGAGUUUGGUUUCUUUGUUAAUGUUUAAUUUUAACGUUAUUUAAUAUGUUUAAUGGAAUGAAAUGUGCAGUUUAUCCGACUCUGGUGCGCUGGUGCGAGAUGGUUCACGCAUCCAGUGUAGGGCAUUGUUUUUUUUUUACAAAACCGCCGGUUUUACAGCCCACCUUGUGUUUAGCUAGCAACAAAGAACCCGUCAGCUUCGUCAUUUCAAAUUUGUUUCGCGGGCCAGAGGUUGUUUGCGCUCUUGGAAAAUUCGAACUAGAAACAUACACGCAAGCAAUUGAAGAGGCACGGCGGCAAGAUAAAUCAUUAUCUGGAAAUUCUGGAACAGGCAGGCAUACGCAGAUUGCGGCGCCACUUCAUUACGCAACGAUAAUAACAAGCUUACAGCGUGAAGAACAACUUUUACUGUAGUACACACGAACGUAACGUCUCUUCAAACGGCUGUGUCAAACGUGAGCCAGGCAAACGUUACUUACUCGUUUACUCACGCUUCGACAACGGUCAGCAGUGGACGAUGCACACGGGCGAAUGUACGCAACCGUAUUCGUAUUGCGAUGUUGUUGUUGUUUUUUGUUUCGUCCAGUUUAUUAUUAUCGUUGUUAUUCAACGGUGUGCGAUUCAUGCGUUGAGAUAGGCACAGGGACAAGCGGGCGGGGGCAGUGGAAGAUUGGAAGGAUGUAGACGAGAAACGCGUCCACUCACUUGCGUCGGCAUGGAUGCUCCGUAGCUCUGUCCGUAUAUCCGUAGCUGCUCAAUUUUAGCGCACUCCAGUCUAGCAAUCAACACACAUAACACACAUGUCUGCGAGUGAAACAAAGAACGAAAACCCCAACACAAUCGUGCGGAAGAACAGAACCAUAGUGCAAAAAACAGAAAUAGUAGUAGUACGAACCGAAAGUAACAACAUACACGAACACACACACACACACACACACACACACACACACAGAAACAUGGACGCACGUAUCCAUACGAGGAGCAGGCGUAACGAGAACAAGAAACACAAACCUGGUAACGGUUAGGACCAUUCUUGCCGACCAUUUAGCAUUUUAAUCGUGUGUCCCACCUUUACGGCUUUCGCAUUUUCCGGGACGAAAGUGAGGAGGGAAAUGUUUGCGUUGUGCAUUUACGUGUUUGUGAGUGCCAUGUGUUGCGCGAGUUUUUUUUUGCGAAAGGGAAGAGUGUUUGGAUUUUUCCUGCAAGAUUGCGUUCCAUCUCUGACAGGAAGGAAGCAAAUAUAAGCUCAUCCAAUAUGCGACGGUUAAGUAAUAUGCAACAAAGCACGCUGAUAGUGAAACAAAAAACAAAACAAAACAAAAUCUCCUAACACCCACGCACACAGACAUGCACUCACAUGGACAUUUUUAAUUGAUGUCUCUUUUGGUAACGUUUCAAUGAGCAGAAACACGGGAAGACCUAGACGAAUUGAGAAAAAGAAAAUCCAGAUUGACAAUGUUUAGCGCUCUCACCGGCCCUUUAAAGUAGGGCACACGAAUGGUGAAAGGUGAAAUUGCAAUUUGGGACUAUUCAUACCGAUGCUGUGUGUCUGUGUGUUUGUGUGUGUGUGUGUGUGUGUUGGCGAAUGGUUUGUAUAGGUGCGAGCAUUUAAAACCAAUCCGCUCCUUUGCUAUUUGUAUCCUUAGAAGAAAAAGGAAAAAUUAGGCAAGAUUCCUUGCCCCCAUCGAAAGAUGGUGAAAGGAAGUGCUCACUUGCAAAAAUAAAAAAUAGAAGAAGGAAAAAAAAACAUCACCAACAAACACAAUAGCUAAUUCGCUUCACAACACAGCACACUCAGUACGAUGGAAAGGAACUCACCCCGCUAGAGUAACGUACGAUUACAAUUUCAAGUUCACGACCGCGACGCUGUAAACGAGCUAGUGAGCAGCCACGAAGCGUAUGCAAGUAUUUGUACAAAUACGCAAACACACAGCACAUACAUACACACAGUAACGGAUACACGAAGAAGAAGAACGAAGCGGACAUUACUGUACUGCUGCACACAUCUACAGUAUCGCGGAUAGGAAAAGUAGCCGCCGCUCCAUCACGACGCAUCCAUCACACGCUUGCUAAGAUGUAACCAGUACGAGAAAGUUGCACAGAGCGAACGGGCAAAGCAAAGGGCAGCGCAGGUAGGGCAGCACGGAGGAGAAAUAUAAACACAAAACAACCAACAUAUUAUAAAUCUUGUGGGAGACAACUUGGGGAACACAGAACGAUCGUAGCUAUUUUACAUAAAUAUUUAACAGAGAGGCAAAAAUAGUACCAGCAGCGUGCGGGAAGAAAGGUGGCAACGGCGAGCCGAAUGGAGAAGGAGACGCAUAAAGAUGAGAGAGAGAGAGAGAAAGGGAGAGAGAGAGAGAGAGAGAGAGAGAGAGAGAGAGAAAAAAUAAAAAUAAAAUAAUAGUGAACCGAUGAAUCUAUGACCAGGGGGGAGGGGUGCAGUGAAAACCACACGAAACGAAAUAAAAACAAGAGCAGAACACACACACACACACACACACACACACACACACACACACACACACACACACACACACACACACACACACACACACACACACACACACACACACACACACACACACACACACACACACACACACACACACACACACACACACAGAAGAAGUGAUGUUUUAGAUGAUUUUGCAGUCCUUUGCACACUGGUGGUGUUGCAUCGCCUAGCAAAGACAGGCGAGAAAGACAGAAGGGCAAACGAAAAAAAAACAAAACAAAACAAAUAGAACUAAAAAAAACAAAACUAUCGAAAUAACCAAACAAACACAUAAUUUCAACAGAACCACACAUGCAGUGCACGAAAUCUUAUUACCAAACAGGUGGCACACACACUCCGUACCCCACAACAACAAACAGUGUGGCGUGUGGAGGGGGGGGGGGGGGGAGGGGGCGAGAGGUGGAACGGGAAGGCGAAGCCGGGAAAACUUUUUCCCCGCUUGUGACGCGCACGGUCCAUUUAGCGUGCACCCCCCCCCCCCCACCCCCUCAUUUCGGCAAGAUGGUUUUCUAUAGUUUCCAGUUUCGAAUGACAAUCAGCCCGACGAAGCUAGGUUCAGUUUCAUGAUAUGCUUUGCUAUUUGUUUUACGUGUAAGUGUGUAUGUGUGCGUGUAUAUAUAUAUAAUCUAUCUUUUGAAUUGCACAUUUUUCGUCUGUUAUGAUUUCUUCCGUCACGUUUGAUUCGAAAUCUUUCCGCUGGCGUAUUUUACCGGUUGCUGCAUUCUUACAUGAUUAUUUUGUUUGCUAUGCUUUUUGAUCAGUGCGUUUCCCCCCCCCCCCCCCUGUUUUAUUUGGCUACAUGCAGUAUUUUGUUCGCUCAUUGUUUCCGGUGGAGGGGUCGUACGUGUUUGUGUUGUUAUGUUAAUUUUUAUAAGGAGGUUCUGUUUUCUGUUUUCCCUUUCCUUGUUUACUGUGAUUUCUGUGGCGGCUUGUAUUGCACGGAUAAGCUGUUAAAAUGGAUUUGAUCCAUCUUCGAAACCCAAGUGUUCGAUCGUCUGCGUGGGUGAGUGUGUAUGAGUAUGGAUGUGAAAAAAAAAAAAAAUGGACGAAACUGUUUUCAUUUACUCUAACUUUGUGUAUCAAAUUAUUUAAUGCUAUCGUUACGUCAGGUUCUUUGUGCUGUGGUAUUACUAAACGUUAAAACUAUACCCGAAAACAAUAGAUUAAACGCGGGAGAGCAAGCAGUGAGAAUACAAUACCAACUAUAACUGGAAGCCGAAAUUAUAAUGUGAAAGACAACUAAAUGCAUACGCUCAGCAAUACGGAUUAAGUGUAACAACUAAUUAACACCAUCUUCUUGUCGUUGUUGUAUUCUAAUGCAGUGAACACGUGUGUGAGAGAAAGAGAGAUUGAGUUACGCAAAAAAGAAAGGAUUAAAUAAGCAAAGGAACAAACGAAAAACUAAACAACAAACACAAUAAAAGGUAACAACAGACAUCAAUACAACAAGAGUAAACGCUCUCUGUCAUAUAAACACACGCGCCCGCACCACAGUGCACCAAGCUAUAGGGAGCUAAAAAAUCUGUUAGGUUGCUUGGAACAGGAAAACACAAAAAUACACACUUAUGGAUAUGUAUAGGCUGUACACAGGUACACACAAAAUCGAGAAAAACAAAACCUAUCUACUAUUCAAACCAACCCACAAACAAAUCCUUGAAAGAGAAUCUCGAAGCAGUACCGGCUAAAACAGAACACUAACGAAAGGUAGGAAGAGAUUAGUAGAGAAAAAAAAAAGAUUUAACAAAAAAAAAAAGAAAGAAACAGAUCAAAUGACAUGUAAAUCUUGCAAAUUUGUAGUUUAAAACAAUGGCACGCCAAACAAGCAAGCCAAAAUGCGGGAAACGAAUACUUAUUCCCGUUGUUUUCCCCCCUGUUUACAAUUCUCAUCCCUUCUCCUUAUACUUUAGUUCCUUUGCUCUCUUUCUUUUUCAACAAUAACAUAUUAUACUCUCCCCGUUUCUAUUGCUAUUCCUUAUUCCUGUCAAACGGACAAACACAUAUAGCAACUUAUUGAACGUGUGUUUAUAAGCGAGUGAACGAACGUUAAAGCGAAAAGAGAAGGGCAUGGGGAGCUGCAUUGGAAUAAGGAACGGUGGUUUUGUGCAUAAAAUUGGUGCAUUUUGCAACCCACAAGGUACGUUUUAAUGUUUCCCGAAUGGAGGAAUGUUCGUGCGUGUGGGGCAGUAUUUGUUAGCAACAAAGGACGUAUGAACAACUAACUUAAACUGAAUUUAAAUAACAUAUAUCUGAUCCAACGAGGAAGGAUAGCAAACAACAACAACAACAACAAAAAAGAAAAAAAGAAAGAGAGAACAUACGCGAAAGAAAGUAGCAAACACAAACAAGGAGAAUAAAACACGAGCAAAUUUAAGAAUUGGUAAGGGCACGGAACACAAGAACACGAAUGUAGGUACAAACAUAUGUAUGUACGGCCUUGCAUGCAUGUAUAUAUGUAUGUAUGUAUGUAUAAUAUCGCGUCACUGUGCUGUGUUUAAAUGAAUGUAACCUAUUUCGUUGGUUUGUUUCCAAACUUUUUCAUUUUCUUUUGAGAGCUGCUGCAAAGCGAGCAAAAGAAAGCAGAAGAAGCUAAGGCAAGGAAACACAUUAGAAGCAAACAAACCGAGCAAAAAGAUGGGAGACGGAGGAGAGGAAGUAAAAUGCUAAACAAAGCAAGCAUAUUUAGAAACAUUAGAUAGAAACAUAGAAUUAUUUGUAUCUCAUCCCCUCUCCCUUUCCCCAUUGUGAAAUUGUGCAACAUUUCUCUCUCACUCUCUCUCUCUCUCCUUCUUGAUGGCACACUAGCAGGGCGCCUCCUUCGGUGCAGGAAUUCGAUUAUAGUGUGUGUGUGUGUGUGCUCUCACUCCCACAUUCAGUGAGUGAUGUAACGAGACGAAAUAAAACAGAAACAGAAUAAACUGCAGAGCAAACGUACACGCAAGGCAAGCGAACAUGUAUUCACGAAAAACUUCGUUUUUCAUUCGUCUCUUUUUUCUUGUGACGUUGCAAAUCCAGAUUAAAGAAACACGAAAAAAAAAAUAGUAAUGGAAAAUAAGUAACAAAUAGAUGGAGCAAAAUAACAAUAGACAAAUCUUGAGCGAUUGCUCAGCAGCAAUAGCAACAGUUACACAGAUACACAACAGUA